GGGCGGGAGGGCGCCGUGGCUGGAGGCCCGCGCCCCUGCGCCCCUGCCCGUGGUGGGCUGCUGCCCUGGCUGUGCCUGCUUGGCCUGGCCUGGGGUCUGGGGGCCACGGCCACCCUUCCCCCCAGACUCCGGGGGCCGCAGUCUCUCCUGAAGGCUGGCCCCAGGCCCCAGGAGCAGGCGGGAUGGCCGAGCCACACCGGGGAGCCCUGGCCCGGCGUGGACGCUGACCCUGCCCGCAGCUCCUGCCCACCGCCCUGGCCUCUGCUCUGCGGGCACCUCCUGCCCUCCUGCCGCCCAGCUGACGUGCCCGUGACAGAUGACAAGCACUGGCUUCUGACCCCCGCUGGCUGCUGAGAGGACGCUGACUGGCUGCCCCAGAACCUGCUGCCAUGUCUGGGUCCACACAGCCUGUGGCGCAGACUUGGAGGGCCACGGAGCCCCGCUACCCGCCCCAUGGCCUCCCCUACCCUGUACAGAUUGCCCGGCCCCACACGGAUGUGGGGCUGUUGGAGUACCAGCACCACCCCCGGGAAUACACCGCGCACCUGUCUCCCGGCUCCAUCAUCCAGCCCCAGCGGCGGAGGCCCUCGUUGCUGUCGGAGUUCCAGCCUGGGAAUGAAAGGGCCCAGGAGCUGCACCUGCGGCCCGAGGCACACACCUUCCUGCCAGAGCUGGGCAAGACGGAGCUGGACUUCCUGGAGAGCAAGCGACCACGCCUGGAGCUGCUGCCUGACCCCCUGCUUCGGCCCAGCCCACUGCUCGGCCCGCCUGGUGCCUCCGAGGACCUGGCCAAGGAGCGCGGCCUGGCAGGGAAGCUGGAGCCGGUGUCGCCCCCGAGCCCACCGCGCACCGGGGGAGAGCUGGAACUGGUGCCCCCACGCCUAUCCAAGGAGGAAUUGAUCCAGAAUAUGGACCGUGUGGACCGCGAGAUCACCAUGGUGGAGCAGCAGAUCUCCAAGCUCAAGAAGAAGCAGCAACAGCUGGAGGAGGAGGCCGCCAAGCCGCCGGAGCCUGAGAAGCCGGUGUCACCGCCGCCCAUCGAGUCCAAGCACCGCAGCCUAGUGCAGAUAAUCUACGAUGAGAACCGGAAGAAGGCCGAGGCUGCCCACCGCAUCCUGGAAGGUCUAGGGCCGCAGGUGGAGCUGCCACUGUACAACCAGCCCUCUGACACCAGGCAGUACCAUGAAAACAUCAAAAUAAACCAGGCCAUGCGGAAGAAGCUGAUUCUGUACUUCAAGAGGAGGAACCACGCCCGGAAGCAGUGGGAGCAGAAGUUCUGCCAGCGCUAUGACCAGCUCAUGGAGGCCUGGGAGAAGAAGGUGGAGCGCAUUGAGAACAACCCGCGGCGGCGCGCCAAGGAGAGCAAGGUGCGCGAGUACUACGAGAAGCAGUUCCCCGAGAUCCGCAAACAGCGCGAGCUGCAGGAGCGCAUGCAGAGCAGGGUGGGCCAGCGCGGCAGCGGGCUCUCCAUGUCGGCCGCACGCAGCGAGCACGAGGUGUCGGAGAUCAUCGACGGGCUGUCGGAGCAGGAGAACCUGGAGAAGCAGAUGCGGCAGCUGGCGGUGAUCCCGCCGAUGCUGUAUGACGCGGAGCAGCAGCGCAUCAAGUUCAUCAACAUGAACGGGCUCAUGGACGACCCCAUGAAGGUGUACAAGGACCGGCAGGUCAUGAACAUGUGGAGCGAGCAGGAGAAGGACACCUUUCGCGAGAAGUUCAUGCAGCACCCCAAAAACUUUGGCCUGAUUGCUUCGUUCCUGGAGAGGAAGACGGUGGCUGAGUGUGUGCUGUACUACUACUUGACCAAGAAGAACGAGAACUACAAGAGCCUGGUGCGAAGGAGCUACCGGCGCCGUGGCAAAAGCCAGCAGCAACAGCAGCAGCAGCAGCAGCAGCAGAUGCCUCGCAGCAGCCAGGAGGAAAAGGAGGAGAAGGAGAAGGAGAAGGAGGCGGAGAAGGAGGAGAAGCCCGACAUGGAGAAUGACAAGGAAGAGCUGGUCAAGGAGAAGGCGGACGACACCUCCGGGGAGGACAACGAUGAGAAGGAGGCCGUGGCCUCCAAGGGUCGCAAGACUGCCAACAGCCAGGGCCGCCGCAAAGGCCGCAUCACGCGCUCCAUGGCCAACGAGGCCAACAGCGAGGAGGCCGUCACCCCACAGCAGAGUGCAGAACUGGCCUCCAUGGAGAUGAAUGAGAGCUCACGCUGGACGGAGGAGGAGAUGGAGACGGCCAAGAGAGGCCUCCUGGAGCACGGCCGGAACUGGUCGGCCAUCGCCCGCAUGGUGGGCUCCAAGACCGUGUCACAGUGUAAGAAUUUCUAUUUCAACUACAAGAAGCGCCAAAACCUGGACGAGAUCCUGCAGCAGCACAAACUCAAGAUGGAGAAGGAGAGGAACGCACGGAGGAAAAAGAAGAAAGCACCGGCCACCGCCAGCGAGGAGACUGCCUUCCCGCCCGUGGUGGAGGACGAGGAGAUGGAGGCUUCGGGCGCCAGCGGGAAUGAGGAGGAGAUGGCGGAGGAGGCCGACGCCUUGCACGCCCCAGGGGGCGAGGUGCCCAGAGGGGAGAGCAGCGGCCCAGCCGCCGUCAACAACAGCUCAGACACCGAGAGCGUUCCGUCCCCCCACACGGAGGCCACUAAGGACACGGGACAGAAUGGGCCCAAACCCACACCUACCCCCAGCACCGACCCACCUCCCCCAGAACCACCAACGCCCCCUCCAGAGGAUGCCACGACCCCCAUCGAGCCAGCUCCAGCUCUCCCCGAAGCUGCCAGCCCCCCUACGCCCCCACCGGCCCCCCCCUCACCCGCCAUACCUCCUCCUCUGGUCCCCAAGGAGGAGGAGGAAGAGGCUGUGGUGGCCCCCCUAGUGGGGGAGAGUGAGGAACAGAAGCCCCCUGCUGCCCCCCAAGAGCCAGUGCUGGACAUGAGCAAGACUGAGGAGACGGGGGAGGCGCCCCCCAGCACACCUGUGAAGAGCGAGUGUAAGGAGGAGGCUGCGGAGGGGGGCUCCGACACGGGCCUGGGGGCCAUGGAGGCCAGAGCCCAGCCCACCCCCGAGGUGACUCUCAAGGUGGAGAAGAAGGAGGGUGUCAGCAAGGCCCCCCCGGCCAAGGGCUCCGGCGCCCCCCAGGACAGUGACUCGAGUGCCACCUGUAGUGCCGAUGAGGUGGAUGAGCCUGAGGGUGGUGACAAGAGCAGGCUGCUGUCCCCGCGGCCCAGCCUCCUCACCCCGACCAGUGACGCCAGGGCCAGCGCCUCGCCCCAGAAGCCCAUGGACCUGAAGAAGCUGAAGCAACGGGCAGCCGCCAUCCCCCCAAUCGUUGCCAAAGUCCACGAGUCCUCACGGGAGGACACGGCUCCCCCAAAGCCGGCGCCCCCCGGCCCACUGCCCACCCAGCACCUGCAGCCUGACAGUGACCCUGCCCAGCCCAGCAGCAGCCCCCGAGGCAAGAGCCGGAGCCCUGCGCCCCCCGAGAAGGAAGAGAAGCCCGUGUUCUUCGCAGCCGAGGGCCAAAAGCUGCCCUCGGACUCGCUGUGCUGGGCGUCUGGCCUGCCCUUCCCUGUGGCCCCCCGAGAGGUAAUCAAGGCCUCCCCUCAUGCCCCAGACGCCUCAGCCUUUUCCUACGCCCCCCCUGGCCACCCGCUGCCCCUGGGCCUUCACGAUGGUACCCGGCCUGUGCUGCCCCGCCCUCCCCCCAUCUCCAACCCGCCGCCCCUCAUCUCCACCAAGCAUCCCGGCGUCCUUGAGCGGCCCCUGGGCUUCAUCCACCACUCGGGGGCCUUGCAGCUCCACGCUCCCUACUCAGAGCACGCCAAGGCCCCCGUGGGCCCAACCACCUUAGGCCUGCCCCUCACCAUGGACCCCAAGAAGCUGGUGCCCUUCAGUGGGGUGAAGCAGGAGCAGCUGUCGCCACGGGGCCAAGCGGGGCCCCCUGAGAGCCUGGGGGUGCCCACUGCCCAGGAGACAUCCGUGUUGAGAGGGACAGCAUUGGGCGCAGUCCCCGGAGGAAGCAUCACCAAGGGCACCCCCAGCACACGUGCACCACCCCCUGAGAGCCCUGUCAACUACCGUGGCUCCAUCACCCACGGCACCCCCGCAGAUGUGCUGUACAAAGGCACCAUCACCCGGAUCAUUGGAGAGGGUAGCCCCGGCCGCCUGGACCGCAGCCGUGAUGACGGGCUGCCCAAAGGCCAUGUCAUCUACGAGGGCAAGAAGGGCCACGUGCUGUCCUACGAGGGGGGCUUGUCAGUGACACCAUGCUCCAAGGAGGACAGCAGAACUGGCUCUGUGCCCCCCCACGAGACGGCCGCCCCCAAGCGCACUUAUGACAUGAUGGAGGGCCGAGUGAACCGCGCCAUCUCCUCUGCCAGCAUUGAGGGUCUCAUGGGCCGUGCCAUCCCACCCGAGCGUCAUAGCCCACACCACCUCAAGGAGCAGCACCACAUCCGUGGGUCCAUCACACAAGGCACCCCCAGGUCCUACGUGGAGGCCCAGGAAGACUACCUGCGGCGGGAGGCCAAGCUCCUGAAGCGUGAGGGCUCACCACCUCCUCCCCCGCGGGACCUGGCCGAGGCCUACAAGGCACGGGUGCUAGACAGCCUGGGACCCCUGAGGUUGAAGCCAGCACAUGAGGGCCUCGUGGCCACGGUAAAGGAGGCCGGCCGCUCCAUCCAUGAGAUCCCCCGGGAGGAGCUUCGGCGUACGCCUGAGCUGCCCCUGGCGCCACGGCCGCUCAAGGAGGGCUCCAUCACACAGGGCACCCCGCUCAAGUACGACACCGCAGCACCCUCCUCAGGCUCCAAGAAGCACGACGUGCGCUCCAUCAUUGGCAGCCCCGGCCGAACCUUCCCGACCGUGCACCCGCUGGACGUGAUGGCCGACGCCCGGGCGCUGGAGCGCGCCUGCUAUGAGGACAGUCUCAAGGCCCGGCCGGGAGCCAGCAAUGCCGGGGGCUCCAUCACCCGGGGGGCCCCGGUCAUCGUGCCUGAGCUGGGCAAGCCGCGGCAGAGCCCCCUGACCUAUGAGGAUCACGCGGCGCCCUUCACCAGCCACCUGCCGCGGGGCUCCCCGGUGACCACGAGGGAGCCCACGCCGCGUCUGCAGGAGGGCAGCCUGUCGUCCAGCAAGGCAUCCCAGGACCGGAAACUGACAUCCACGCCGCGGGAGGUUGCCAAGUCCCCACACAGCACCGUGCCUGAGCACCACACGCACCCCCUGUCCCCCUAUGAGCACCUGUUACGUGGCGUAGGUGGGGUGGACCUGUACCGCGGCCACAUCCCACUGGCCUUCGACCCUGCCUCCAUCCCCCGCGGCAUUCCCCUGGAUGCAGCCGCUGCCUACUACCUGCCCCGGCACCUGGCCCCCAGCCCCACAUACUCGCACCUGUACCCGCCGUACCUCAUCCGCGGCUACCCGGACACUGCGGCACUGGAGAACCGGCAGACAAUCAUCAACGACUACAUCACCUCGCAGCAGAUGCACCACAACGCCGCCACCGCCAUGGCCCAGCGCGCAGACAUGCUCCGGGGCCUGUCGCCCCGAGAGUCCUCACUCGCCCUCAACUAUGCUGCCGCUGGCCCCCGAGGCAUCAUCGACCUAUCCCAAGUGCCACACCUGCCCGUGCUGGUGCCGCCCACACCGGGCACACCGGCCUCCGCCAUGGACCGCCUUGCCUACCUCCCCACUGCACCCCAGCACUUCAGUAGUCGCCUCAGCAGCUCCCCUCUCUCCCCAGGCGGCCCCGCCCACCUGACAAAGCCCUCUGCUGCCUCCUCUGAGCGAGAACGGGAUAGGGAGCGGGAGCGGGAGCGGGAGCGGGACAAGUCUAUCCUCACUCCCGCUGCCACCGUGGAGCACGCACCCAUCUGGAGGCCCGGUACUGAGCCCAGCGGGGCCGGUGGCGGAGGCAGGUCCGCCCCACAUGCCCACCAGCACUCACCCAUCUCCCCGCGGACGCAGGAGGCUGUGCAGCAGAGGCCCAGCGUGCUGCACAAUACCGGCGUGAAGGGCAUCACCCCCCUGGAGCCCGGCACGCCCACCGUCCUGAGGUGGGCCAGGUCCACCUCCACCUCCUCACCCGUGCGCCCAGCCGCCACCUUCCCGCCCACCGCCCACUGCCCGCUGGGGACCAGCCUGGAUGGGGUGUACCCGCCCCUCGCUGAGCCUGUGCUGCUGCCCAAGGAGUCACCGCGGGCGGCCCGGCCCGAGAGGCCCCGCGGGGACAGCGGCCACGCCUUCCUCGCCAAGCCCCAGGCGCGUUCGGGGCUGGAGCCGGCUUCCUCGCCCGGCAAGGGCCCCGAGCCCCGCGGCCCGGCGCCCCUCAGCUCCGUCGCCCGCACCCCUGCCAAGAGCCUCGCACCCCACCACGCCAGCCCUGAGCCGACGGCACCGCCCGCCGCGGACCCGCACCGGGAAAAGACUCAAAGUAAACCCUUUUCCAUCCAGGAGCUGGAGCUGCGCUCUCUGGGUAAGACCACUCUGACAGCGGCCACCUUCAUAGAUGCGAUUAUCAUGCGUCAAAUUGCGCACGAUAAGGGCCCGCGAGAAGGAGGUUCGCUGGCCAACGACUCCCCUCGCGAUGGUUACCAUGGUGGCAGCUACAGCCCCGAUGGGGUGGAGCCAGUGAGCCCGGUCAGCUCACCCAGCCUGGCCCAUGACAAGGGGCUCCCCAAGCACCUCGAGGAGCUGGACAAGAGCCACCUGGAGGGGGAGCUGAGGCACAAGCAGCCAGGCACCGGCAAACUUGGCGCCGACGCUCACCUCCCGCACUUGCGACCACUGCCCGAGAGCCAGUCCGCCUCCAGCCCGCUGCUGCAGGCUGCCCCAGGGGUCAAAGGUCACCAGCGGGUGGUCACCCUGGCUCAGCACAUCAGUGAGGUGAUAACACAGGACUACACACGCCACCACCCGCAGCAGCUGGGCGCUCCCCUGCCCGCCCCCCUCUACUCCUUCCCCGGAGCCGGCUGCCCUGUGCUGGACCUCCGCCGCCCACCUGCUGACCUCUACCUCCCGCCCCCCGAGCACGGCCCCCCUGCUCGAGGGUCCCCCCACAGUGAGGGGGGCAAGAGGUCUCCAGAGCCCAGCAAGACAGCAACCCUAGGCAGUGAGGAUGGCAUUGAGCCUGUGUCCCCACCGGAGGGCAUGGCCGAACCGGGACACCCCCGCAGUGCUGUGUACCCCGUGCUAUACCGAGAUGGGGAGUCGGCGGAGCCCAGGGUGGGCUCCAAGUCCCCAGGAAACACCGGCCAGCCACCUGCCUUCUUCAGCAAGCUGACAGAGAGCAACUCUGCUAUGGUCAAGUCCAAGAAGCAGGAGAUCAACAAGAAGCUCAGUACCCACAACCGCAACGAGCCUGAAUACAAUAUCGGCCAGCCCGGCACAGAGAUCUUCAACAUGCCUGCCAUCACUGGAGCAGGCCUUAUGACCUGUCGGAGCCAGACGGUGCAGGAGCACGCCAGCACCAACAUGGGGCUGGAGGCCAUAAUUAGAAAGGCACUCAUGGGUAAAUAUGACCAGUGGGAGGAACACCCACUCAGCGCCAAUGCUUUUAACCCUCUGAGCGCCAGUGCCGGCCUGCCCGCUGCUCUGCCCGUAACCGCUGCUGACGGACGGAGCGAACACGCCCUCACCUCGCCAGGUGGCGGUGGGAAGGCCAAAGUGUCAGGCAGACCCAGCAGUCGCAAAGCCAAGUCCCCGGCCCCUGGCCUGGCCUCGGGGGAGCGGCCACCGUCGGUGUCCUCGGUGCACUCGGAGGGCGAUUGCAACCGCCGCACACCGCUCACCAACCGUGUGUGGGAGGACCGGCCCUCAUCCGCAGGUUCCACGCCAUUCCCCUACAACCCCCUGAUCAUGCGGCUGCAGGCGGGUGUCAUGGCAUCCCCACCCCCCGGGCUCCCCGCGGGCAGCGGACCCCUGGCUGGCCCCCACCACGCCUGGGACGAGGAGCCUAAGCCGCUGCUCUGUUCGCAGUACGAGACGCUGUCUGACAGCGAGUGACUGUCACCUGAGACAGACAGGGCGGGGUGCACAGAAGGCCGGCUGCUGACCCCCCCAGCGAGGAAAGAGCCCCCCCCAGCCUGCCUGUGCACCUGUCCAUCUGUUGGUCCGUCCGUCCGUCCGUCCAUCCAGAGCCGGCAUCCUUGCCUGUCUAAAGCCUUAACUACGACUCCCACCCCGCCUGGCCUGUGCAGUCGCCUUACUCAGAGGACAUUCACCUGGUGCUGGGGAGAGGGGGGCCGGGAGGGGCGUGGCGGGCAGGUGAGGGGCACAGGGGGGCCGGGGAUGGGCAAGCAGGAUGACCACGCACCACCACCACCCCCCACGACGCUGCCUCCCCCUUCAACGCAUUUGGAACCAAAGUCAACUGAGCUAGCAGCCUCCCCCCCCCACGCCCCACGCCCUACCCUGCUUAGUGCUCGGGACAGACGGACUCCACUCGGGCCCUGACCAGCCGUCCAGGAAGCAGCUGGAGGGCCAGGCCCAGGGGGCUAGGGGGCCUUGGGUGCCCGGCCGGGGCAGCGGGAGGGAGGGAGGCAUUGUAAAUGAUGUAUGGUUUACAGGGUAUAUUUUUGAUACCUUUGACGAAUGAAUUCAGACGUUUUCCGCCAGGAAGGACGGACCCAGUGUUACCGCCGCUACCGCCACGCUUCCCAGCUGUGCUUAUGCGGGGGGAGCGAGGCAGCCCGUAGCUGAGGGCCCGUUGCCCCCGGGGGGGUGCAGGGGAGGCCCCCACCCACCAGCCCCCCAGCCCGCCUGCCCACCCCCUUCCUCCCUGGGGCAGAAAGAAUUGAUGGGUGUUCUGUGCCCGGCGGCCGGUAGCACUCUUCAUUUACACACGUUGUUCUCAUUAAAAAGUGAAUUAUACUCGA